ACCCAUGGGUGCUGCUCGUCCUCUUGGGUGCUGCUCUGCCCCACGGCCGCUGCUCCAUGGUGGACGCGGACGCGGCGCUCGUCUUCCGCGGCGACCCCAAUGGGGCCUUCGGCCACGCCGUGGCCCAGUUCGGCACCGGCGACGAUGGAUGGGUCCUGGUAGGGGCCCCAUUGGAGCGCGGCGCGAGAGGGAGCAUCCAUCGGUGCCGGUACCGCACCGGGACGUGCCAAGAGGUGCCCAUUAGGGGACCUCCCGGUGCCGUCAACGCAUCCUUGGGGUUGGCCUUGAGCGCUGGGAACAAGGGGGCCCUGGCCUGUGGCCCCACACUGCCCCACACUUGUGGGGAGAACAUCCACCUCAAUGGCUUCUGCGCCCUCCUGGACACCAACCUCCAGCAGCUCCAGCUCAUCCCAAUGACCCAACCAGAUUGUCCCAAGCGCGCCACGGACGUGGUUUUCCUCAUGGAUGGUUCCGGAAGCAUCAAGGCCGAGGAAUUCCGGACCAUGAAGACCUUCAUUGGGGAGGUCAUGAAGCACUUCAAGGGCACCGACACGCAGUUUGCCCUCUCCCAGUUCUCCCACAUCGUCCUCCCGCACUUUGACUUCAACACCUUCCGGAGCGCCCCGGACCCCAUAGCACUUGUGGGGCAGGUCCAGCAGCUCAGGAAGUCCACCCAUACGGCCACUGCCAUCUGGACCGCGCUGACCCAGAUGUUCACAGCGGGGAGGGGAGCCCGGGAAGACGCCACCAAGGUGCUGAUCGUGGUGACGGAUGGGAGGAAGUUCGAUGAUAGGAUGGAAUAUGAGGACGUCAUCCCAUUGGCCGAGAGGAUGGGGGUGACGCGCUACGCCAUUGGGGUGGGCACCGCCUUCCACCUCCCGGCUGCCGUAGCCGAGCUCCAGGCCAUCGCCUCCCGGCCCCCCGAGGACCACGUCUUCCGCGUGGACAACUUCGAGGCCCUCCGGGGCAUCCAGAGCCAGCUCCAGGACCGGAUCUUCUCCCUCGAGGGCACCGCCACCGCCCACGCCAGCGCCUUCCAGCUCGAGAUGGCCCAGGAGGGCUUCAGCGCCCUCCUCACCCCGGAUGGGCCCAUCCUGGGUGCUGUGGGUGCCUACACCUGGGCCGGAGGCGCCUUUUCCUAUGGGGCCAAUGGGGCAGCCGCGUUCCUCAACGCCUCCGGGGUCCCCAGCGAUUCCUACCUGGGGUACGUGAUGGAGCCCCUGUCUCUUCCAUGGGGCCGGGCGCUGGCGCUCGGGGCCCCCCGGUCCAACCACGUUGGCCGCGUCCUCCUGCUCCAGCCCCAUAGCGGGGAGGUGCUGGGCCAGGCCAUGGGGACACAGGUGGGCUCCUACUUUGGGGCCUCCCUCUGCUCCCUAGACCCCGAUGGGGAUGGGCUGGACAACGUGGUGCUGGUGGGAGCCCCCAUGUUCUAUGGGGCCAACAGCGGCGGCCGCGUGGUCGUCUGCAGCCUCCGGACCAAGCGCAUCUCUGGCUCCUCCUUCCCCUCGUCCCCGCACCACUUCGGGCAGGCGCUGAGCGGGGGGCGGGACCUGAGCGGGGACAACCUACCGGAUGUGGCCAUCGGGGCCCACGGCCAGGUCCUGCUCCUCAGGUCCCGCCCCCUCCUCAAGAUCAAGGUCCUGGUGACCUUCGAACCCACCCAGAUCCCGGUGUCCUCCUUGGGCUGCCAAGAGGAGGAGCAGCCCCAUAGGGAGGUGGCCAAGGCCAGGAUCUGUUUCCGGACCUCCAAGAAGACCCCGGAUAGCUUUGGAAGCCAAGUGGCCACCAGGCUGCGGUACCGGGCAGCCCUGGACCCCGGGAGGACCGUGGCCCGCGCCAUCUUUGUUACCGGCGCCGACGUCCUCAAUGGGAGCAUCCAACUGGGGCUUGGCCAACAGUGCAGGACCUACCCCAUAGCCUUGGUGGGGUGUCCGAGGGACACGGUGACGCCGGUGGUGUUGAGGUUGGGCUAUGAGGCCAUUGGAGAACCCUUGGAGGUGGCCGGGGGGCUCCGGCCUGGCUUGAGUGGGGACACGGAGACGGUGGCCGAGGGCAAGCUCCCCUUCAACCUCAACUGCGGCCCCGACAACGUCUGCGUUGACGACCUCCAUCUCUCCCUCAACAUCUCAGGGCUGGAGACGCUGGUUUUGGGGGUCAACGAUGGGGUGGACGUGGUCCUGACCCUGAGGAACCGUGGGGAGAGCUCUCCUGGGGCCAUGGUGGAGCUCCAGCACCAUCCUGCCCUGUCCUACCGCAGGGUUCUGGUGCUCCAGGUACCUCCUGACCCCAUAGAACACCCUAUAGAUGCCUUCAAGACCCCAUAGAA